UGGGGGACGCAAGUAUUUUAACUUUUUGGAUUCUGCUUAUGCGUCUCUUUUCUUACCCACUAUACUAACCCCUUUUGGCAUCUCAUAUCCCCUUAUUGUUCUUCUACAUUAUUUUUUUUUACACAACAUCUUAUAGAAAUAAUAAUAUAUAUAUAACACCUACACAAAUCUUCCUCUUACUCCACUCUCUCUCAUUCUCUCUCCCCCCUCUCUCUCUCUCAGUAUGUUAUCAAGAACUAAUUCCCAUGAGCCCAGUAGAGAUUACACAGAAGAAAAAUCAUUUCUUUAUCACAAGCAAAAUUCUGGUAGGAGAUCAUCAGUUGGGGGAGGAAGUAAGAGAUUUGGAAUUGGAUGUGGGUGUACUAGUAAUGGAUUUCAGCUUCCAAAAGGGAAAUCUUCCUUCUUGUCUCCGAUUCGAUUACUGAAGCAUUUUGCUGGAGAGUUUGCAAGAGUUUUAUGCAUGGUGUCUGGGACCAGAAGAAAAUCAUCAUCAUCAUCAUCAUCAACCUCAAGAAAAAACUCUUCUUCUGCAAGAUCAAAACCCUUUGUGGCUCCUCUUGAUUCUCAUAGAAUGGAAGCUAUUGAGGAUUGUAUUCAGUUUAUCAAUUCUUCUUGUACUUUGUCAAGAUCAAACUCCACCGCUAAUUAAUCUAAUAUCCUUUUA